AUGGCGAGCCGAGAACAUCCGAUUCGUGUACUUGGUCCUGAGGAUUAUAAUAAGUCCUUUCAGGUGGGGAAGUAAUUUGAUUACAAACUCGUUGUUUUAGGAGAUCGGCAAGGAAGAGGUGCAUACUGUAGAGGCUUACGAAAAGAAGAUUCACGGCAAGAAUGUAGAGGUAAGGCAACGAUGUAAAAGUAAUAAUGUAUAACAAUUUCUUUAAAGAUUAUUUUACAAAAACCGCGUUCUUUAAAGCAACUUUUUGAUGUUGUUACAGUAAGUUAAAUUGACAUUUCAGCCCAAACGUUCAUUCUCUACAAAAUCUUUUAUUGAACGAAGAACAUUCGGAAGAGACGAGAACGGUGAUGUUGUUGUCAAGAUCGAGAACAACGUGAGUUCAUAAAUCAUACGCUCGUAUAGCAACAUGACUUUUACAAUAAUUACCUGCAUCAGAGUACAGCUCGGUCUAAUAAUAGUAUAAUACGCAAACGUUGCAGCCGCGGGACCCAGUACGUCCUGUAUCUCCAGUACGAUUAACGGAAGGAAGUGACGAAAAGGUGCUGCGACCAUUGCCUAAUCUCGACACAAUUCCCCUGCAGAUUCCCAGAGUGGGGCUGAAGGGAACUGGACAACGAUCACCUUCUAUACAGUGGAGAGGUAGUUAAUUAGAUUACGAGUGUUUAGCAAUCAAAGAUGUGAUGGAUUACAAUCACUUUACACUUUUUUAGCAUUAGACUUCACAAAGUGCAUUGUACAAAAACAAUAUCUAGCAGUAAUUGGGUAUAAAAUAGUUUGUACUUGGAAAACGGUAUAAUUAUAGAUCAAGUAUCACCACAACAAGACAACAGAAGACCAUCAUCACAACAAGAUGCGAGACGACUAACACCCCAAUCAGCUUACCCCCGUUCUGCUGGCUACCGAAGACCGUCACCCCAGCCUAGCCACCAUUCUGGGCGUUCUUCCGGCUUCAGCUCCGGCUCCAACACGUCGGAAAUCUCUGCUUCUGUCCCCAUGAAGAAGAUUACCAAAAAGUCGAGGAUGGUUAACAUCUUCGACGGGCGCCCUGUCAGUGAUUAUGAAGAAACGGUGCACUUUGUGCCUGUAGACAGACCGUUCAGGUAAACCACAAUAACAUAAUUGGGAAACGAGGGAGUUGUUAUAAGGAAUUGUAGUUUUAAAAUAUAAUUGAAUUACUUUUAAAAAGGAGCGCUGGUGGUUACGUAACUCUUUUCAGUCGAUGGAACGAGAGCGAUGACUUGUAUGGGUAUCGGAACAGGGGGGUGAAUCUGGAGCAGAGCUACAGACAGUCGGGGGUGGAUGUGAUGCAAAACCCGUACUACUCGGAGUACUGA